UUCAAUGUGGGACUAUUAUCCGGAUUGGCCUGGUAUAAAGGAGAGUGGAAUUUAUAUGAUAAGAGAACAUUGUAACAUGGAAGAUAUCCGAUUCACUAUUCCCUUAAAUUUGGAUUCCCUGAAUAUUGAUCAAGAAUUUAUGGAAGAUUUUGCUAAAAAUCUGGAAACAGAGUAUAAUUUGUCAACAAGUAGCUUCAGAGAUUGGGUUGAAUGUAUGCAGGAAGAAAGCAUCCCAGAAUGGUUUCACAAGCGUACCAAAGGACAAUCUGUUUCUUUUUGGUUUCGUAACAACUUCCCAACUCUCUGUGGUGGUGUUCUUCUUAAUCUCGACUGUGAUCUUUCGGAUGAAUUUUUAGUCUUCAUAGGGGGAGAACUUCGGAGACAUUAUCACAUAUUGAAAAUUGGUAAUACAGCCUUUUAUGGUAUGAACAAGUUCUCCUUUUAUAAUGCGCAUGGCAGGGAACAAGCAAUUCAAGAAGGUGAGUGGAAUUAUGUAAAUAUCUAUGUGGCAGAUGCAAAAGAGAGCGGAAUCUAUGUAACCGAACAACAAUAUAACAAGGAAGAUAUCCGAUUCACCGAUCCUUAUGUGGAUGCCAUGGCUGGUAACCAAGAAUGUAUGGAACGUUUGGCUGAACAUCUGGAAACGGUGUUUAAUUUGUCAAAAAGGAGCUCCAGAGAUUGGGUUGAAUGUAUGCGGGAAGAAAGCAUCCCAGAAUGGUUUCACAAGCGUACCAAAGGACCAUCUAUUUCUUUUUGGUUUCGUAACAACUUCCCAACUCUCUGUGGUGGUGCUCUUCUUAAUCCCGACUAUAAUCUUCAGCACCAACUUACAGUCUUCAUAAAUAAAGAAAAAUUUUGGAAUGGAUAUGGUUCCUUCUUGAGAGUUGGUUCCUUAUUGAAAGUUGGUAACACAGCUGUGUAUGGUCUAAAAUUGGCCUCCUUUGAUGAGAUAAAAAUGGGACGAGCAUUUCGAGAAGGUGAGUGGAAUUAUGUACAGAUCAAUUUGGUGGAAGCAAAACAGAGUGGAAUUUGUGUCACUGAACUGCAAUAUAACAAGGAAGACAUCCGAUUCACCGAUCCUUAUAUGGAUGCCAUGGUUGAUAACCAAGAAGAGGAAGGGAGAAAUCAAUAUGGGGCAAGUUUGGAGGAGAAUCGAACAAUGCUUAAUAAAAAAAGACCGCUGAUAGAGGAUGACAAUUUUGCCUCAAGCUCAACUCACUUCAGAGGCACAAAAAGGAGAGGAAGUAGCUCAACAAAUCAGGAGAAAAACAAUGCAAACUUAAUUGAAAUCAAUACUUCCAAUGCUACCGAAACCAUUGGCAUUCGAGAACAAGAACACUCUGUUGGAAGUAAGAAGGACUUGUUUGGCAACACUCUACAGCUGCAGAAAAUUAAAUACGAAAGCAAAAUGCAAAUAAUAGAUAUUCAAUCACCAAGUAGAUCAAAUGAAGAAUUUCUUCAUGCAAGGAUGCCAGAAGAGAAUGAGAAGGACAAGGGAAUCAAGUGCCAGAUGAAUCCCAUGCAACGUCUUUCUCUACUAACAUAUGCUGAUAACUUCAAUAGCAUGACAUUGUUGAUUGAUCCAGUGGUUUUGGGUAAGGAUGACAUGACUAUCCUAGUUGAGCAAGAAGAUUUGGAGAGGUUGCUGAUGCGAAAGAGAGUUACCAUACAGAUGAUGCAUGUGUUCCUCAUGUAUCUUCAUCGCCACUACACCUUAUUGGAUAAAAGCAAAAGAUUUGGCUUCAUUUGCCCGCUUCAUAUCCAAGAUACUGGGAAUGAAGAACAAACAAAGUUAGAGUAUCUUCAGAUUAGGUUGAGUAAAGGCAACCAAGAGUGCUACUUGGCACCAUAUGUUCACUCGGACCAUUGGCAAUUGAUCAUUCUUUGCCCGAAGUUGAACACAAUUGUUUUUUUGUGCUCCACCCACAACGAACCUAGAAAGGAAAUCAAGGAAACAAUGAACACGGCUAUGAUGACAUACCAAACCAUGAAAGAGAAAAAGAAAUCAUACCCUGUGAAGGAGCCUAAAUGGAUAGUGCCCAAAAGUCGUAAGCAACCAAUGCUUAGUGCUGAAUGUGGAUACUAUAUAAUGUCACACAUGGUCAAUAUCAUCACUUUAGGUGCCACUGAGUUUUCUGUAGAGAUGUUCGACAAUACAAAUCCAUUAUCAUCUGAUGAAUUAAAAGAUGUUUGCACUCAUUGGGCAAGAGGCUUUUUAGAAGUCGCGAACUUGUGAGUUCAAGCACUUGAUAUUAGGUUUAGGUUGAAUUAUUAUUUUCGUAAAAUUUUGUUAGAUUACGUAGCUUCUCGAACUAUUAAACUUUGGACGUUGCACAGGUCUAGGAUGAAUUAGUUGUGUUAGUUUGAUCGGGCAACAACGAACUUAGUAUAAACUUUAAUCGGAAAUAAUAAUAUAUCUGAGUGAAACUUUUUCUGGCUGGCU